AUGUUCAGUAAUGCUCCCGACAGAGAAUCCAUUGACUGCAAAUUACUGUCUGUUGACUUCAGCCCCAGUACAUUGAACAGAAGGUGCUAAAUUUAAUGACCUACGUGUACCUGUGUUUGGUACAUUCACCGUUGACCACCAACCAUAGGGUGUGACAUAACAGCAGGACUAUGAUGGACACAGAUGACCAGUGGACACGGGCUUUGGCCUGCAACAACGUGAGGGCCAUCCUCCGCUGGCUACGCAACCUCUUAGCUGAAGUGGGAGAUGCCGAUGUGGAGAACAGCCUCGCUUCUUUUAGCAGCUGGGUCCAGAGGAUGGCUGAAGUUUCAAAGGAGUUACUCACCCAAAGUUUCAGCCGCUGCCAGGGCCUGUGGAUGUUCCUGGACCACAGCUGCUUCACCAGUGUGCAGCGGCUGAGGAACCUGCUGACCCUGGCCCAGUGGGGGAGGAGGCAUGGUUUGGGGAUCCCAUGUGUGGUCUGCAGGGUCGACUGUGGCUCCUCAGCAGUGAGGCAGGACUGCUGGAAUCGGGAACGCAGAGCUCUGAAGCAACCCAUCUGUCUGGGUCGGCUGGUACAGUGGUGGGGCAUCACCGGACUCCUGCCCAAGUACCCUGGUAAGGAUGCAUACGCUAAUCUUACACACACAGUCAAACUUUACAAACCGGUCACACUUUACAUCACAGAGUUGUUAUUACUGUGUAACUAUUCGUAUAAGUACAGUGUAACAAGAGUUGCAUUGUUAUGGUUAGGGUUAUAGCUAGGGUUAGGAUUAUUGAUACGUUUAGGGUUGGCGCUUCAGCUGUAAGUACAAUGUAUUACCACUCUAGGGUUAGUCUAUAGUAUUUAUACGUACACUGACUCUUCCUCUCAGAUGCUCAAGAAAUAAUUCCGAUCUCUCAGAUAUGGAGAGAUGGAUCAGAACCAUCGCAGGGCUUGUCUCCACACUCCUGGGUAAUCCUUAAAUCACUGAUAGGCGGUCUCUCUCUCACUCUCUUUCUGUCUUCCUCCUUUACGAGGAAGACUGCACCGACCAGGGGUACCCACCCCCUAACCUGCAGGCUUUGCUGAAGCUGGUGCUGGUGCCUCGCAUUGACAACAUAUCUGUUCAGGCCAUUGUAUCCAACCAUGGAGAAUCCAUAAAGUGUCCUCAAAGGUAUGACUGUGACUGUCAUGUGAACUGAAGUGAAUAUACAGUAUUCUUGAUCAUGUAAACUACACUUAACACAGCCUGUGCACAGCUCAUGUACUUUUUUCUACAGUGCGAAAAUGACCUCCUGCAGUCCUUUUGCCACGCUUUCACCAUCCCUCCCAGCUUCUCCCAGCAGAUCCGGGCAUUCUGGCUGCUUGACAAUGGACACUUAUCAGUAUGUUGACCUUUGACCGGUAUCACAGCACCAUUUAGUCCAUUGGUGUACAGUUAGUGAACAGACCUAAAAGAACACCUUCCUAAUAUUCAGUUGAACCCCCCUUUUGCCCUCAGAACAGCCUC